CUAAUGGGUGUUGGAGAUCUUCAGGUUUGUCAUCUCUUUUAGACUCUCAUACUCAAUCUUUCAGCGAUGUCAAGUCCAUUAUUCUUGAAAUUUGUAGUACAGAGGAUAGAAAAGUGGCGGGUAGAUUUGCAGUUAUGUUAGAUGUGAUUUGGAAAAAUAGAAACGAUCUUAUUUGGCAUAAUGAGAGUGAGGAAGCAACAAAAAUGGGGUUGCUUGCGUUUCAUAAUUGGCAGGAUUGGUAUAAGGCCCAGAAAGAUCUAGAUAACGAGAAUGUCUAUGAGCACAAUCUGGAUUGGUCCCCGCCACCGGAAGGGUGGCUAAAGUGCAAUGUAGACGCGGGUUUUAAUAAGCAGGGAGGUACUACGAAUAGGGGUUGGUGUGUGCGUGAUGACACUGGGAAUUUCAUCUUUGCAGGUAUUGCUUGGGAUAUUGGCACCCUUACUAUCUUAGAAGCUGAAGCCUUGGCCCUUAAAGAAGCAAUUCAAGGAGCUAUAUCUUCGCAGCUAGACAAAGUUAUUUUCGAAAGUGAUUCCCAAGGAGUGGUUCAAGCCAUCGAUUCUAAUUAUAAAGGCGAUUCUGAGUUUAGUUUAAUUAUCAAGUCCAUUAAUAGCUUGUUACAAGCGUUUCCCAACUUCGAGGUGAAGUUUAUCAAACGCCAAGCGAAUUCGGUUGCUCAUUCCCUUGCGAAGGCGGCCAAUUCUUGGUCUAGGCGUAGUUUCAUUCAUUUGAUUCCUCCUUGUAUUGAACAACAUUUGAUUAAUGAAAUGCAUUGA